AUGCACUGGAUCCUAGGGCACUCGGGGAUCGAGGGAAACGAAAAGGCCGAUAAGUUGGCAAAAGCGGCUACGAGGAUAGAGAGCGAUGAGCUACCGGCAGACACGGGUAAGUUCACGAAGAAGAUUGAUGUAGCACUGCACACGGGCAACACGGUUGCUUUGGUGUGGAUCAACAGGAGGGUCACGUCCCCCAUCAUCGGGUUUAGUACUGAGGAGAGAAUGGAUGAGGCGCUGGAAUCGAGGGGGAAGACAUUGACGUAUGAGGGGGAGAAGUAUCUAGAGGAGAUGUAUCAGCCUAUGAACAUCUAA